CUGAAGAUCAAUGAGAAGUCGACCUCCGUCAUCGUCACUGCGAAUGGGACAAGAGAGAGGACCCUAGGGAAAGUAAAAGAGAUAGGUAUAAUGGUGCAAGGAGUAACUAUCUCUGCGACACUAAGGAUUAUAGAGUCCAGAGAUGAGACGUUAUUACUUGGAACUGACUGGUUCCAAAGAGGAAAUGCCAGGAUCCACUUCGAUGAAUGGAAAAUACUGUUGAGAUAUCGAGGGAAAGAACUGGAGGUACUGAUCUCACACAACGGUAUAGAGGGGUUGGCGUGGCCCGACGAAUUGAAAGUAAGUGAUGAUGAGAGUAAAGAUACUUUCGAUGAGUUGGAGUAUGAGAGUGAGAACGUAGAAAAGGAGGAAAGGUAUUAUACAGGGGAACAGUCUGAGGAGGAAGAAACGAUGGACAAAGGGAUUCCGAGCCCAGCGGUAUAUCUGACCAUCCUAGAGGAGAUACCAACGUUGGAGGACGACGAGAAGUAUGAGGACGAGAAACCGAGGGAGAAACGGGAAAGUAGCGUCACCAGCGGGGAGGCAGGAAGUCGAGAUGAAGAGUCUGACUUACCUGGACCGCAGAAUGAGAACUUAAUUCUUCAAAACGACGCGAAGGGCGCCACUAAUCUUGAUUCGCUCAACACCCACC